UAAGCCAAGCAGCAGAAGGGUGCGAGCAGAAAGGAGACCAGGGGAGGUCUAAUGGCACCCUCCCAGAUUACCCUGCGCUUAUUUUAAAUGCGUCGACUGACUGACGCACACUUCGGUCGCCGGGCUUUCUCGGAGGAAGAUCGAGAUAAACGGGUUGUCACUCCCGUUGCAUGAGAUGUGCCAAACUUUUUCCGGGCCUGCACUUUUAAGUGGCUUUCAAUGCUGACCCACCAAUGUAAAGAUGGACUGCGCAUGUUUGAGACAAACAGGCUCUUGAUGCACAUCCAAAGGAACAAUCCAGCCAAAAGACCGACCAAGCCACAGCAGAUAAAGGACUCCCAUCGCUCGUACCGCUGAUAUGAUGCUCUGCUACACAUUUGUGUACCACUUGCUCUCUUUGGCAGCACUUGCAGUAAUUGUGGGCUGCGGAGGAGGCGAGCAGAGGAGAGGGACCGACAGAGGGGCUGACAGAGGGGCAGACAGAGGGACCGACAGCAGCACCGGCAGCACCGGCAGCACCGCAGGUGGCGGCGGCAGCACCGGAGGAAGCGGCGGCAGACGUCUACACAAGAUCCAGCAUGGCCAGUGCACCUACACCUUCAUCCUACCCGAAGGAGGAGCGGCGGGCGAAGGUUCCUGCAAGGAGGCGAAGGCCGGGGGCCCUCAGUACAACACCAACUCCCUCCAGAGAGACUCGCCGCCACCUGAACCGGACUUUUCCAAUCAGAAGAUCCAGCAACUGGAGCACAUUAUGGAGAAUUACACCCAGUGGCUGCAGAAGAUUGAGAAUUACAUCAAAGAAAGCAUGAAAACAGAGAUGGUUCAACUGCAACAGAGCGCUGUCCACAACCACACGGCAGCCAUGUUGGAAAUGGGCACCAACCUUCUCUCUCAAACCGCGGAACAGACACGGAAGCUGACUGAUGUCGAGACCCAAGUUUUGAAUCAGACAUCAAGGCUUGAGAUUCAGCUUCUGGAAAAUUCUCUGUCCACUAACAAGUUGGAGAAGGAGUUAAUGGUGCAGACCAAUGAGAUCAGCAAGCUCCAUGACAAGAACAGCCUCCUGGAGCAGAAAAUGUUAGAAAUGGAGAUGAAGCACCAAGAAGCGUUGGAGACGCUAAAGCAGGAGAAAGGGAGCCUCCAGGUUCUGGUCGGGAGGCAGAGCGGGGUUAUCAAGGAGCUGGAGACGCAGCUGAGCAGCACCACAGGAAACAGCACUGCCCUGCAAAGGCAGCAGCAGGAGAUGAUGGAUACUGUCCACAACCUACUCAACCUUUGCUCCAAAGAUGGAGUUCCAAAGCCGUUGGACGAAGAGAAGAAGUUCCGCGACUGUGCCGACCUUUACCAGGCAGGCUUUCAUAAGAACGGAGUCUACAACAUCCAGAUCAACCAGCAAGAAAACAAACGGGUGUAUUGCAACAUGGAAACAGCUGGCGGCGGAUGGACGGUGAUACAGCGUAGAGAGGAUGGCAGUGUGGACUUCCAGAGGACGUGGAAGGAAUACAAAAUGGGUUUUGGGAGCACAUCUGCAGAGCACUGGCUGGGGAACGAGUACGUCUACCAGUUGACCAGCCAAAGGCAGUAUGUCCUUCGCGUGGAGCUGACAGACUGGGACGGACACCAGGCCUUCUCGCUGUAUGAUCGCUUUCAAAUUGGCAGUGAGAAACAGAACUACAGGCUGUUCCUGAAAAGCCACAGCGGGACGGCAGGCAGACAGAGCAGCCUGGUGAUCCACGGGGCGGACUUCAGCACCAAGGACAUGGACAACGAUAACUGCAUGUGCAAGUGCGCUCUCAUGCUCACUGGUGGUUGGUGGUUUGACGCCUGUGGCCCAUCCAACCUUAACGGCAUGUACUUCACGCAAGGACAACACGUGGGGAAGUUAAACGGCAUCAAGUGGCACUACUUUAAAGGCCCCAGCUACUCGCUACGAGCCACAGGCAUGAUGAUCCGCCCGUUGGACUUCUCCUCCUAGCCGUUAAAACCGCGGCUACGUAGCGCAUUAGUGGGACGCUUCCAGUUUUGUCCUCAUCUCAUUUCACCGGCCGUGCGUCGUAACCUUUUUUUUUUUCCCCCUCCUCGCUGGAACUGCAGUAAGAGCCGUGGGGAAGGAAAACAAAGUGAGGCGUGAUUUAUGCACCCCAUCACAAUAGCACACUUGCAAUUAUUUAAGGUACAAAAAUAGGUCAUGUGUGUUUAUCCCACACUGGGAAAUUUGAAUAACAAGAAAUGUGGGGAUUGUUCUUUUUAGGACGGUCGGAAUAGUGCAGAGCAGAGACGACUCACAAACUGCAGGACAGAACGGAUCUCUUAUGCUCUGAGGACACAACUUGUCUUUGGAAAUGUUAUAAUUAUACUUUGUGUUUUUUAGGUAUUCAUCUCGUACGGCAACUGUAUACAUUAGCCACCAUCACGUGAAUGUCUUUAUUACGUUACAGUGCAUUCUACAUUUCUACGUGCGUUAGGGUUGACUUUAAAAAGGCGGACUUCAUGUGUAAAUACGAAUUAUGAUGGCAGUUAGUUAUGUAGUAGUAAUCAUUUUCCGAGUAGACAUAUUUAGCGUUUAAAGUACCACUGAUAGUCACACACACAUUAGGUGUGGUGAAAUUACUCUCUGCAUUCGACCCAUCCCCUUGUUCCACCUCCUGGGAGGUGAGGGGAGCAGUGAGCAGCAGCGGUGUCCGCGCUCGGGAAUCAUUUUGGUUUUUUAACCCCCAAUUCCAACCCUUGAUGCCGAGUGCCAAGCAGGGAGGUAAUGGGUCCCAUUUUUAUAGUCUUUGGUAUGACUCGGCCGGGGUUCGAACUCACGGGCGGACGCUGAGCAGUGCCAUCCAAUUGAUAGAUUCUUUGAAGGAGGGCCACAAUGUAAAGAAAAACAAGAGUUAAGAUGUUAUGUUACGACUUGAAAAAAGGGGUCUCAAACUCAACUAACCGUUGGCAAGGUAGACUCUGGGCAAUGCUAGGCCACAUAAAGAUCUCACCCCGGAAUCAGACUUCAACCUUGUGACUAAUUUGUCAACAAGUAUAAGUACAUGCAGAAUGCCAUUCACCAUCGUAGAACUAUAAGUGCUUUUAUCAAGAUGGUAACCAGGGGCCGUAUUUAUCAAGCGUCUUAGAGUGCCAUUUUACACUUAAGUCCUGAGAAUUUGCGAAAUUUAGUCAUACUCUCAAACUUAAGAAUAAAAGCUAUUCAUCAACUUUCUUAAGUCUAAGAAUCACUCCUACUCUCCACGAUAUUUAAGAGACCUUCAGAGGCGUCCUAAGUGGUUAGGAGUUGCCAGCGGGCGAUGGCACUGAGGCGAGAGAGACGUGCGCGAAAGUUCAGGGAGCGGAAGGAUGUCCUGGCUUUGCUUGAUGACGAGCAGCUGAUCAAACGGUAUGGUUUAGACAGAGCGGGUAUUAUUUUUGUCACAGAUUUAAUAAGGGGCGUCAUCUCUUCUGCAUGUGGCUGCAGUGGGCUAGUAUAUAUAGAGCCACCCACACCAGUUUCAAAUUAGUUGCCUAAGUAAUGAAUUGGAAAGAAAAGGAAACAUUUAUUUUUGACUCAUUGCCAAUAUUGUUUGUUUGUUUUGUAUUAUUUUGUAGUUUAUUGACAAAAUAUACACUCCCAUUGUCCACUUAGAUAUUUCUAAGAUAUUUCUUUAUUCUUAGACAAGGGAUUCCCUUCCGUGAUUGGUCAUUUCUAUGGACACAGAAAUGACGUCACCUAAAAUUCUGUUGUACGGCACAUAGUAAUGUCGUAACUCAGCUCUGAGUGUGACACUUAAGAUUCAGUCCUACACUUCGCUGAAAGUGUGAGUAAGACGCUUGAUAACUAACUUUUAAGUGCAGCUUUCAGCGAAUAAUUUCUUUACUCACAAGUCAACUCUUAGCAGACUUCUUAGGAGUAAUUCUAAGAAGCUUGAUAAAUACGGCCCCAGGUUUGCAAAUGUAACAGAUAUGUUCAUUUGUCCCAUGUCAGCAUAAGGUCAACUCUGAGAUCUUCUAUUGUUCAUCAAUGCUGCUGGAGUUUGGAUAUUAAUCAAGUCAAUUUAGUCUUGCAGCAAAUUGUUCACAUCAGAAUCAGAUAUACUUUAUUAAUCCCUGAGGGGAAAUUAAGAUUUUCAGCACAAUCCCAUUCAAGAUCAGACAAACAUAACAGGGAGACAGAACGGGAUCGCUGACGGGUCUGCCAACUUCUGGUGCCCCUUACAAAAAAGGUGAAAAACCGGUAAACGCUAAGGGUGGUGAGAAGAAGAAAAAAAUCAGUCUAAGCCUGGGUCCUUGGAGAGGGGGGUCCAGACUGAGGCCAAGGGAAAAAACAACUCAUAGCCAUAGCACACAUAAGCAUGUGUGUAAGAGGGAAGCAUCAAAGAACACAAAGGACGUUAAAGACAUUAAAAGAGUUGAUGCAACCAGCUAUUUCAACAAACAGCUACAAAACUAAAAACAACAACAAAUACACUGUGGUGGCCUCUGCGGUGUUCCAAGCCAUCGUCUGUUGGGGUUGGGGGG